AUGACGUUAAGUUCGGCGCUCGCAGGAUGCUGGAAAUCGACGACGAGUGUGUGUUGCUUGAGAACUUGUGGAUCACCAGGAUCCAUGCGCGGACCGCCACCGGGAUUUUCACUUGUCGGCGUGCUUGCACCAUUGUCAAGAAAUGGAACAACGGUGUUGCAUGCUCCUGUACUAGGCGGGGACGCUACUGGUUCGAGCUCGACUCCAUCAUGGCUAAAAAUUGCAGCGUCGCGCAGUCUCUUCACGCUUUCUCCAGCGCGUUGGUGGGGCAAACGGCCGACGCGAUACAGCAAGCUCCAGCGUGAGGUCAAAACCGAGUACCCGCCAAAAAGGCGGUCGAAAGUCUGUCGACUACCGAUUCACAGCAAACUGUGCUUUGUCACGGACGGGUGGUAUUACAAGGAGGACGAGCAGUUUAACACGCCUAUCCUUUGCUUCGCGAAAGCCCAAACCCACUCGCAGCUAGACCACUUAACGGAAAAAGAAUGUUACAAACUGGUCGAAAUGGUGCCCGAGCUGCUGAAGGAGUUUGAACGUUGUGAAAAGGAACUGCCCGAGUACGAAGCUGCAGACAAAAGCAGGUGCUUGCCACUGGUGCUGUAAAAUGAAUUCGAAUGAGAAUGAACAAUACUAUGGCGACGUUGUGCAGCUGUGUAUCUUCGGGGUCAACAACAUCCGUUGCUACCCUUCCAUU